AUGAACCCCAUUAUCCCAGGAACAAGGCGACUGGCUCUGCAGGUUCCCUCCAGGUUCUUCGCCUGCAACCAAUGCCUCCGACAAACCACACCAGCGCCACAACCACGCUUCGUAUCGCGCAUUCUGAACGGCGUGCGAUUUCGAAGCUUUGCCGAUGCGAAGCCCGCGACGUCGCUGGGAACGCUGGCAGACCGUGUUGCGUUGCGAUCCAGAUCUCCGCACGCCCGGGAACUUGCCAAGGCGGCUGUCUUUCCCAAAACAAACCCCAAGAGUGUGGCAUAUUGGUUGAUUGGCAGCGCCGUCAGUGUAUUCGGCAUCGUUGUCUGGGGAGGUCUGACGAGGCUGACCGAGUCUGGCCACGGUCCGUCUAACGAUGAAUUCAAACGCAGACUUAGCAUCACCGAAUGGCGCCCCGUCACCGGUUCGCUGCCCCCGAUGUCCCGAGCAGACUGGGACUCCGAGUUCGACAAAUACAGAGCUUCGCCGGAGUUCAAGCUUCUCAACCCACACAUGACCCUUGGCGAAUUCAAAAAGAUCUACUUGAUGGAAUGGGCACACCGCGUCUGGGGCCGCCUCAUCGGGCUGUCCUUUGUUCUGCCUACCGUAUACCUCGUUGCCCGUCGGAGAGUCACCACCAAGAUGGCCUUCAACCUCGUCGGCAUAUCCGCGCUCAUCGGCUUCCAGGGUGUCAUCGGCUGGUGGAUGGUCAAGUCCGGCCUGAGGGACGACUUGUUCGCGCCCGGCUCGCACCCUCGCGUCUCCCAGUAUCGCCUCACCGCGCACCUCGCCACCGCCUUCGUCUGCUACUCGUGGAUGCUCCUGUCGGGCCUGUCCAUCCUCCGCACACGCCGCCUCCUCGCCGACCCCAAAGCCGCCGCCUCCGCGCUUCGGGCCCUCCAGAACCCUGCCCUGAAUACCUUUCGCCGCUCCGUCUUUGCACUCGCAACCCUCACCUUCAUCACCAUCAUGUCUGGAGCCCUGGUCGCCGGUCUCGACGCGGGCCUCAUCUACAACGAAUUCCCCAUGAUGGGGGUGGGCCUCACGCCGCCGAAAGCCGAGCUCUGGGACGAGUUCUACUGUCGCAAGGCAGACGGCUCCGACCUCUGGUGGCGCAACAUGCUCGAGAAUCCCAGCACCGUUCAACUGGACCAUCGCAUCCUCGCCGUUUCGACCUUCUGUGCCAUCCUGGCCCUCUUCGCCUACUCCCGCACGGGUCGCGUGGCUGCCGCUCUGCCCAAGGAUGCGAAGAAGGGGGCCAAGAGCUUGGUCCACCUUGUCUCCCUGCAGGCCGCCCUCGGCAUCUGCACCCUGAUCUACAUGGUGCCGAUUCCCCUGGCCGCAGCCCACCAGGCUGGCAGCCUCGCCGUCUUGACAGGCGCCCUGGUCUUGGCGCACAGGCUGAGGGCACCCAGGCCUACAUUGCGGCUGAUUGAGCAGCGGUUGAAGAAGCUCAAGGAAUAA